ACUAACCCUGUUGGUGCGGAGAAGAGCCUUGAUAGUGGUGGGCGGGAACAGGAUACAUCCUCCUCUCAUUGGUUUCCACAAGAUAAGACAGCCACAAAGUCCAAAUUGGCUGUAUCGUAACAUUUCAUGAAAACAAACGUGCGUUUGUGUUAAUAUACAGUUAGCAGUGUGGUUAAGGUUAGUUUUAAAAUCAGAUUUUAAAUUGUAGAUAUAGGCGGGGUUUAACUAGUGACAACCAUUCUCAUUGGCCAGACCGCGUGUGUGUAAUUUACACAGUAGGUGAUGCGCGGCUCAGUCAAAACAUUGUUACCUGUUGUUGAUGCUUGAAAGAUUCCACGCUUGUACUCAUGGCGAAAAGGCGAGCUGAAGAAGUUUUGUUCCACGACACGCCUGUUAAAAGAUCAUGUUUUCGUCCAUUUGACAAAUUUGAUACGCAGUUAGAAAGCAUGGCUGCAGCCGGGUGCGUGAGUCCGCCAUCUCUGCUCGCUUUGUUGGGGAGACGCUGCAAAAAGAGACCGUAUUAUUUCGAAGAUCAGGAGGAGCAUCAAGAAACACUUAAACCGCGCAAGCUGUCAAAUAGUGAACAUCGGGUCAGUGCACCACCGAGUGUGCUGGUAAAGAAUUCUGGAAGUAUCCGAGAGAGUGCAUCUGCGGACUCUGGUUGCUCAACGGUGACCUCUAAGAAACGUGCACGAGAUAACGCUGUCACAAGAUACGAUGCUCAAAGGAUUGUCACACACAAAGAUGAUGAUGGCAAUGACCUAUGCACUUUCAACUCAUUCCAGUACUGGAGGGUCCCUCUACCCGAGCUGGACAUUUCACUCCUUCAGAAUGGAAACCUCUCUGGAUCAAAUGGAGAACCCCCUGCCAAAGAAUUAUCCUGUGAAGCCAUGGAGUCAUAAAUGUUAAUUCAUGAAGGUCUGCCCACCAUGGAACUCUUAUGAGAGGUGGCCACCAGUGGAGGCUGGUGGGAGAAGCUAUAGGAGGACUGUCUUUGUCCCAUGGCUUGAAUAGAAUUAAUGGAACGGAGUCAAACGUGCUUUACAUGUGUCUGAUACCAUUCCAUGUAUUAUAUUCCAGCCAUUACAAGGAGCCUGUCCUAUAGCUCCUCCAACCAGACACACUGCCCAUCAGAGCCAUAGCUUUAGAUCUGUACUGUGUAGAUCAUGGGGUUCUCAAAGUGGGGAACGUGGACACCUGGCCAGAUCUCAAAAGAUAUACUGAAUAUUACAUUUUAACCUUAAAUGUUAUAAAAUUAAUAUUACAAAAAAACAUAUUAAAUUGCUUUUGGCCAAAGGAUCUGUGGAAUAAGUUUAAAGUGUGUAAUACAGUGUGAUAUUAUUAAUCUACAAUUGAUGUUCUUAACCCUGGGCAACAUGGGCCUGGGAGGCUCACAGGGAUAUUGGUAUCCACAGUACUCCACAAAUAAUCAAUGUGUCAACUCCAUACUAUUCCCCAAAAUUUUUGUUUUGACAUGAAUGCACUGUAAUUUAACCUUUAAAGCCACAAUGUUACCUCUGCCUCAUUGCAAAAUUGCAGCAUAUUAUCUUUAAAGCUGCAACAACAAAACAGCUCUGCCCCAUGACACAAUUUGUAGAUUUGCAGGAAAUUAGCUUUAAAACUGCAACAUUUUCGCUCUUUCACCUGGCCUGAGACACUAACUCUGAAAUCUGGCUACAUGGUUAUUGUACCUGCUUUGAACACAAGGAUAAAUCUGUAUGUACAGUGCAUUCGGAAAGUAUUCAGACCCCUUGUUUUUUCCCAAAUUUUGUUACGUUACAGCCUUAUUCUAAAAUGGAUUAAAUAACCCCCCCCCCCCCCCCCCUUUCAAUCUACACACAAUACCCAUAAUAACAAAGCAAAAACUUUUUGUUGUUGUAAAUUUAUGAAAAAUAAACUGAAAUCACGUUUACAUAAGUAUUUAGACCCUUUACUCAGUACUUUCUUGAAGCACCUUUGCCUGUGGUUAGAGCCUCGAGUAUGCCACUACAAGCAUGGUACCCCUGUAUUUGGGGAGUUUUAUCCCAUUCUUCUCUGCAGAUCCUCUUAAGCUCUGUCAGGGUGGAUGGGGAGUGUCACAGCAGCUAUUUUCAGGUCUCUCCGGAGAUGGUUGAUCGGGUUCAAGUCCGGGCUCUAGCUGGGCCACUCAAGAACAUUCAGAGACUUGUCCUGAGGCCAUUCCUGCGUUGUCUUGGUUGUGCACUUAGGGUCAUUGUCCUGUUGGAAGGUGAACCUUCACCCCAGUCAGGUCCUGAGCACUCUGGAGCAGGUUUUCAUCAAGGAUCUUUGUACUUUGCUCUGUUAAUCUUUCCCUCGAUCCUGACUAGUCUCCCUGUCAAUGAAAAAUAUCCCCACAGCAUGAUGCUGCCACCACCAUACUUCACCGUAAGGAUGAUGCCAAGUUUCCUCCAGAUGUGAGGCUUGGCAUUCAGGACAAAGUGUUCAAUAUUGGUUUCAUCAGAGCAGAGAUUCUUGUUUCUCAUGGUUUGAGAGUCCUUUAGGUGCCUUUUGGAAUACACCAAGCGGGCUGUUGUGCCUUUUACUGAGGAGUGGCUUCUGUUGGGCCACUCUACCAUAAAGGCCUGAUUGGUGGAGUGCUGCUGAUAUGGUUGUCCUUCUGGAAGGUUCUCCGAUCACUACAGAGGAGCUCUGUCCGAGUGACCAUUGGGUUCUUGUUCACCUACCUGACCAAGACCCUUGUCCCCGGACUUCUCCGUUUGGCCGGGCGGCCAGCUCUAGGAAUUAGUCUUGGUGGUUUCAAACGUCUUCCACUGUUCUUGGGGACCUUCAAUGCUGCAGAUUUUUUUUGGUACCCGUCCCAAGAUCUGUGCCUCGACAUAAUCCUGUCUAAGAGCUCUACGGACAAUUCCUUUGACCUCAUGGCUUGGUUUUUGCUCUGACGUGCACUGUCAACUGUGGGACCAACAGGUGUGCCUUUCCAAAUCAUGUCCAAUCAAUUGAAUUUACCACAUGUAGACUCCAGUCAAGUUGUAGAAACAUCUCAAGGAUCAUCAAUGAAAUAGGAUGCGCCCGAGCUUAAUUUCGAGUCUCAUAGCAAAGCGUCUGAAUACUUACGUAAAUAAGGUUUUUCUGUUAGACUUUUAAUACAUUUGCAAGAAUUUCUUAACCUAUUUUCGCUUUGUCAUUAUGAGGUAUUGUGUUAAUUUUAGAAUAAGGCUGUAACGUAACAAAAUGGGAAAAGUAAAGGGGUCUGAAUACUUUCCGAAUGCACUAUACAUACGAGGGCUACAGUGUCAUUACCAUGGAAAUACAACUAUAUCUAUAUGGCUUACAGCAUGAAACCAGAGUAAAAUUAUUUUCACCAGUCGGGACCGGCAGGGGCGAACUGGCCAUCUGGCAUUUGAGCCAAAUGCCAGAUGGGCUGGUCCAUUUUUGGUCCACUGGGCCUGUCUAACUAGUUCAUUUUUUUUGUUUGCAAAAUGAUCAUUACUUGGCUUAUAAUGGGUGGCCUCAAGGAAAAAAUGGGCUGGUGGGGGGGCCUUGGAUAAUAAGGCCGAUGUGUCAGAAAUGCCAGUCCGCCCCUGGGGACCGGUAUUUGUAAGAGCUUUUAUACACUGAACACAAAUUGUUUUAUUACUUUUAGGAGAUAAAUCAUUGACAUAGCGUCAUUAAACGGCAUUCAGUGCUCCUUUUUUAUCUUCAUGUAGCCUACAGUAUAUUGUAUUGGAAUGAAGGGAUGAAAUGUGUUGUAUGCAGCUAGUUGUUGGUACAUUAACCCACCCUGGCUACUUUGAUGGUUUUUCAAAGUGAAUGGACUAUUUUAUUUGAACUAAACCUAAACUGUGCUUUUCCUCUAGCUGGGCUUGCUGUUGGUCAUAGCUAGCUGUUGGAUUCUUACUUUAAAUUGCAUUCCAAAUAGAUGGAUUUAUUGAUGAAAGAAUUGAGGUAUUAAUCAAUGAAUGUCUAUGUUAAGGCAAACAUACGGAAGUCGUUACUCUGUUUACAAGUCUGAUCUUCAGUCUGUAAACUGCCGCUCGACAUGUUGUAUACAGUACCAGUACAUUCUUUGUGAGGUAUUUUUUCACUUUGUCAUUACAGAGUAUUUUGUGUAGAGAGGUGAGGGAGAUUUUUCUUAUUUUUAUCCAUUUUGAAUUUAGGCUGCAACACAAUUUGUUUUUGUUAAGUCAAGUGGUAUGAAUCCUUUCUGAAGGCACUGUAGGUAACACAAGGCAAGUUUGAGGUCUGUGUUGGUCUAUACAGUUAUCGCUUUGUACAAUAAAACUAUUAUUAUGUAUACUGUUUAUUGUUGAAAUGACCAAUGGGUGGGUGCUGCACUCCCUUAAAGAAUGGAGUGCAGCAGACCACAACUCAUUCCAUGGGUGUUGGGUGAAGUGUGAUCGAUGGCACACAUGUUUACUACACUCUGACAGCCAUGUUCUUUGACCAAACAGGGUUGCCCUGGGCCAUAACAUUGUCCCAAAGUGCACUUUCACACCCCCCAUUAGGGAUUUAAAAGCAUUUGAUUUGUGGUUAUAAUGAGCUCUAGCCGUAUGCAGCACCACCAACUCUUAGUGAAGUGGUGAAUGGAGGAGUUCCAAAUCUUAGCCUUUUUUCAAUUGCGAAAUCUACCGCGAAGAGUUUUGAAAUCUGCCACAUCCCCUUUGAAUCAGCCAUUGUUUUCUCAUGUAGAAUAGCAUGCCCACAUUUAGAAAUGAAAUGCAACUUAUCCUUUUAUAUAUCAACUAUGUAGCAUAACUAGCUCCAUUUCUUUUGACCACUACACACAUGUAUUUUGGGGAUCUUCCUCUGUAAAUGUAACUUUCCUGAUGACAUGCUAGUGGGACAGGAGAGUCAUUUCAUACAAGCACAUAUGUUUUCUCUACUCAACUAACUUUGACCUUUUCCAAAAGGAGGCAAUGAGAGGACGCAAGAAAUAGAGCAAUCCAAUUGAGAUUCUCCCAGUGUGUUUAUGGUGGAGGAAAGCAUGAGAUCUUCAAAGCCUUUGUGAAGGAAUGACUGACCCUUGGACCAAGGCCUGGUUAAAGCCUGUCUCUAACAAUGAUCAGCCAAUGAGAGAGCAGGGGAGCUGAAUGACCCAUGAGUUUAAUUACUGUAUCGGAUACCUGUGUCAAGUAUACGUAUGGACCUAUGUUAUGAUCAUUUGUGUGCCUAUAUGAAUGCAGCUUCUACAAUGUCACGGAGAUCUUGGAUUGAAGAUACCUUCUGCAAGAGAGCAUGUGGUAAAUUCAUCCCAGCAUGUCGAGACCUACACAGAUGUUUUCCAAUGUGUCAAGUAUGCCAAAACCUAAUAAGAUGCUGCUGUGGACGUCUGGUAGGGGAGCACACCUUGCUGGAGACUGGCCCUUCCAUGUCCAGCUGGCCUGGGCCUGGGACAGGGCAGCAAGAGGAGUGGUCAGUGGAGUGCCACACACAAACCAGUGCCACCGAUGCCUACGGAACCAUUGACUUCCAGGACAGUGCUGGACGUAACUGCCAUGCCAAGUAUGUUCGUGUUGCGGUCGAUGCCAAGGCUGAGGCUCUGUUGCAGCUGAUGCGGAGUGAAUGGCAGAUGGAACGGCCUAAACUACUGCUGACGGUUCAUGGGGGGACAGAGAACUUCCCCCUCCCUCUCAAGGUUAGACAGGCCUUCAGCAAAGGCCUGAUCACAGCAGCCCAGAGCACUGGAGCCUGGAUACUCACAGACGGCAUCAACACAGGUGUGUCCCGGUACGUAGGGGAGGCUGUGAAAACAUAUGGCACUCAUGACCUCAGGAAGAGGAACGCUGUAGGGGUCACGCCCUGGGGUGUAAUUGACAAUCACAGUGACCUUAUAGGGAGAGAUGUGCUCAGGCCCUACCAGCCUCUGGGAAACCCCUUGAGUAAGAGGGUGUGUCUGAACGGCCUGCACUCCCACUUCCUGUUAGUGGACGAUGGAACUCUGGGAAAACAUGGCUGCCAGCUGGGACUGAGGAGGAAGCUGGAGAGGCACAUUCAACUGCAGAAGAUCCACCCUCGGUUUAACCAGGGUGUGCCAGUGGUGUGUGUGGUGGUGGAGGGCGGCCCUGACAUUGUGUCCAUGGUGCUGGAGUACGUGAGCAGUGUGCCCCCCGUGCCUGUGUUUGUCUUCGAGGGAUCAGGUCGGGCAGCUGACCUGCUGGCAUUCUUACACAAACAGACUGCUAUUGACAGCCAGCUGGACACAGACAUCCAGGAGGACUUCCUGCUGAGGAUAGGGGGCAUGUUUGGUCUGGAGAGAGCAGACGCCAGCCAGCUCUACAACCUUCUGAUGGAGUGUAUGGACUACAGACAGUCUAUCACAAUCUUCGACUCGGAAUCUGAGGAUCAACAGGAGGCAGACUGUGCCAUUUUGACGGCCACACUGAAAGGCACCAAGGCGUCUCCUGGGGAACAGCUCAGUACAGCUCUGGCAUGGGACCGAGCAGACAUAGCUAAAAAACACAUCCUUGUGUAUGGCCAGCACUGGCAGGUAGGCUCGUUGGAGCAGGCCAUGCUGGAUGCUCUGGUUAUGGACCGGGUCGGCUUUGUCAAACUGCUGAUCGACAACGGUAUGACCAUGAACCGCUUCCUGACCGUGUCACGCCUGGAAGAACUCUAUAACACGCAGCAGGGACCAACAGACAAUUUUCUCCAUAUUCUCGUGGAAGAUGUGAAACAGACCCAUAUACCUAAAGGAUACAGAGUCUCCCUCAUAGAUGUGGGGCAGGUAAUCGAGUAUCUGAUAGGAGGAGCCUAUCGGAGCACAUACACACGGAAGCACUUCAGGGCCCACUAUAACCUCCUAUAUGCCCAUUGCAAGGAGUCUGGACGGGAUAGUUCAGGACCCCUUAACAAAAAGAGGAGGGCAGACUGCACCCUUCACCCGCACCAAAGCCCAAACAGUAGUCCAUCAAGGCCACCCUUCUUCCGCACUGCUCAGCCCUAUAAACGCAAGGAAAGAUCCAUGGUACUCAGGGACCUGAAGCUGGCCCAGCAGCAGAGUUCCGAGCUGGGUGACUCUCCACUGUUUGUUUACAACUUCAAUGACCUGUUUGUGUGGGCUGUGCUGCAGAGGCGGCAGCAGAUGGCGCUGUUCCUGUGGCAGCACGGGGAGGAGGCCAUGGCCCGGGCUACAGUGGCCUGUAAACUGUACCGUGCCAUGGCCUACGAGUUUCGGCAGAGCAACAUGGAUGACACCACGGGAGAGCAGCUCAAAACCUACUCUAUGGACUUUGGUCAGCUGGCGGUGGACGUGCUGGACCGUACCUUCAGACAGAACGAACGCAUGGCCAUGAAACUGCUGACUUCGGAGAUGGAGGCCUGGAGCCACUUCACCUGUCUGCAGAUGGCUGUGUCCUCCCGGCUCCGCCCCUUCGUCUCCCACUCCUGCACCCAGAUGCUGCUCACCGACCUGUGGACCGGCCGCCUCAACAUGAGGAAGAACUCCUGGUUUAAGAUCAUCCUGAGCAUCCUCAUGCCCCCUGCCAUCCUGCUAUUGGAGUUUAAGAGCCAGGCAGAGAUGUCCCAUGUCCCCCAGUCCCAGGAGGCUUUGCAGUUUGGUUGGGACACGGGAAGACCAGAGGCAGCCCAGGAGGGGGGGCAUACGGAUGGCCAGGAUGCGGAGAAGGGAUCAGCGUGGUGGGAGAGUUGCUCAGCCCCCGAAGCUGACACAAUCACACCUGUUACCACCCAGUGUUUCUUCUGGACCACGAGGCUGUACGAUUUCUACACCGCUCCUGUCGUCAAGUUCUGGUUCCACACGAUGUCCUACCUGGCCUUUCUCAUGCUGUUCUCCUACACUGUUUUGGUAAAGAUGGAGGACCGGCCCAGCACUCAGGAGUGGCUGGUCAUUGCGUAUAUUAUAUCCACUGCUGUGGAGAAAACAAGAGAGGUGUUCAUGUCAGUGCCGAGGAAACCCAGUCAAAAGCUGAAGGUGUGGUUUGGAGAGUACUGGAAUGUGACUGACUUCCUGGCCAUCGUCCUCUUCCUGGUGGGGCUGGGGCUACGCUGGGACAGCGGGUCCUACCGGACUGCCGGGCGGAUCACCUACUGCCUGGACAUCAUCUUCUGGUAUGUUCGGGUGCUGGACCUGCUGGCCGUCAACCAGCAUGCCGGGGCCUACCUCACCAUGAUCACCAAGAUGACUAGUAACAUGUUCUACAUUGUGGUGAUGAUGGCGAUUGUGCUGCUGAGUUUCGGCGUGUCCAGGAAGGCCAUCUUGUCUCCAGACGAAGCUCUGUCAUGGAGCCUGCUCAGAGAUGUAGUCAACCAGCCGUACUGGAUGAUGUUUGGAGAAGUGUACGCAGGCGAAAUAGACACCUGUGAAGGUGACACGCCGUGUGUCCCCGGUGCCUUCCUCACCCCCUUCCUCCAGGCCGUCUACCUCUUCUUCCAGUACAUCAUCAUGGUCAACAUCCUCAUUGCCUUCUUCAACAAUGUCUACUUUGACAUGAAGUCCAUAUCCAAUAAGCUGUGGAAGUACAACCGCUACCGUUAUAUCAUGACCUAUCAGGAGAAGCCGUGGCUGCCCCCGCCCCUCAUCAUCCUGAGUCACAUGACCCUGUGUGUGACUGCCAUUUACCAGAAACACAGAGGCUUGUCCGAGCAGGAGACGGACUCCUGUGGGCUUAAGCUUUACCUGGGCCAAGAGGAGCUGAAGAAGCUGCAUGAGUUUGAGGAGAGAUGUUUGGUGUCGUAUUUCCACGAGAAAAACCAAGAUGUUCUCUGCAGCCAGAUAGACAGGGUACGAGCCACUGCAGAAAGGGCUGAGGAGAUGGGUGUGGUUAUGCGCGAGGUGUCGGACAGGGUCCACUUCAUCCAGGAUACCCUGAAGGUGUUGGACAGCCAGCUGGGUCAGCUGCAGGACCUGUCCGCCCUGGCCGUGGACACUCUCACCCUCCUAUCGGCCUCCGAUAGCCUGCAGCAGGAGGAGGCCCGCCUAGGCCACUGCCGGCCAAUCACCCCCUCCCGUCACCAUGUCCCCCACAGCUGGACCCUCCCCCACGGAGGUGGAGGCAGUGUUGACAUCAUGCCCUGCCACACCCCUAGGGCCUACCGCAGCACACCACCCUCCCUGCUGUGGGGCCACACCUCCUCCCGCAGCCAACGCCCGUCACUGGAGUGGCACACUGGGGCCUGGGGGGGCGGCAACCAUGGAGGGCAGGGGGCUGGUGAGUCGUGUGUGCCUUCCCGCUGUGGCUCUCCUCCGUACCCUUCGGCCUUGGCUAUAGACAGUUCUCUGGAACGCCCCCACAGCAAACCCAGGGUCUGCUGUGACCCUGAGAUGUCCAUGGAAAAGGAAGGGGAGGAGUUUGGGAAGUCCUUUGAUGUGAAUGUGUCCAGGGCCUCUAGUCAUGCCUUCCUGUUGUCGGACACCCAGGAUGAGAGAGGCUGUGGGGCCAGGGGUUUGGUGAACCCCGCCUUCUGUAAGGACGACGACCCUGGGGCAGUUCACUCCAGACGGGGCCAGUGGGGCAGGAAGCGUCCUCACCGGUGGGCGGGUCUGUCCAGGGACCGGCCCUACAGUCACAGCCGCUCUCUCUCCUCUAGCAUGGAGAACAUGGCUCUCUCUGGUGUCCCCCUGAGCCAGCUACGAGCCUCCUUCCCCGCCCUCGAUUGCCUGUCUGAGGGGGGAAGAUUCACAGCUGACAUACCCCUUGGCUGCAGUAAAAGCAGAGAGUGGUCCAACUGGUUUGAUCUGGCAGUGACCUCAGGGAGCAGAGAGAGGUGUCAGGGCAGGAAGACAGUCAAGAUCCUGGAGGAGAGUUCUUCAGACGCUGGGAAAGAGGUGGACUCAUACCUCUCCGACGUGUGCAGAAAGAGGAGGCGCAGGGGAGGAGAGCCUGUGUGCUGGUCUGCCUCUGCCAGCCCCAACCCACUCAAUUCUGAACCCAUGGAUUCAUUGCAGAAAGUAGCUUUUUCACGUCAGCAGGACUCCAGUCAGUCCGUGUGGACCAGCUGGGCCUGCUCUGUCAGCUGCAGGUCCUCAGUGCAAAGUGGGAUCGCAGGUGAAGAAGACCUGGACCCACACUACUCAGCCAUGGAAAGGAACAACCUGAUGAGGCUUGCUCACACCAUACCUUUCACACCUGUCUCCAUAAUGGCGGGAGAGGAGGUGAGUGUCUACACCCUGGAGGAGGUGGAAGCUGCAGGCCCGGAGUCCUCCAUAUCCUACUGGUCAUCCAAGGGGCUGUCUGCGAUGCUGCAGCCGCUGUCCAGCGAGGGCUGUCUAGAUGGGGGGCUGCGCAGGGCCAUGCUCGUACUUUGCACCUGGGCUGAGAGGGAUGUCCUGAGGGUGGGCUGCGUGUAUGUGGUCAAAGCCAUCCAGCCCGAUGUGGUCUGCACCUGGCAGAGGGUCUUCCACAGCGACACCACCCUCCAACUCUGUCUGCGGGAGAUACAGCAACAGAGAGCUGCUCAGAAACUCAUGCAUGUGUUCAACCAAGUAAAACCAGAAAACAUGCCUCAUUCUCCAAGGUUCCUGGACAUGUCUCUUCUUCACUGGCACUCAGACGGCCAGUGGUUGACCAUCGAGAGGAACAUGACGGGAGAUUUCAGGAAGUACAAUAAUAACACAGGAGAGGAGAUCGCCCCCUGCUGUGGGAUGGAGGAAACACUCCUGGCCUUCUCCCACUGGACCUACCAAUACUCCUGCAGGGAACUGCUGGUGUUGGACUUACAGGGAGUGGGAUCGGAGCUUACAGACCCAUCGGUCAUCCGAGCAGAAGACAAAAGCUCGAGUGAUGACAUGGUGUUUGGUCCUUCUAACCUGGGAGACGCUGCCAUCCACACCUUUGUCAACAAGCACACCUGCAACUCCUGCUGCGAGAACCUCGGACUCUCAGAUUUGAGGAGGAGCACGGACAUCCACGGGAAAACAGAACACAGGCCUUUUGAAAAGGAGAGUGAAUUGAUCAUGACUAGGAUGUAACCUCUGAUCCGGAAGCAGAAGUACGCCAUCCUAACCUCUGGUUCAGGUGGGAUGAAGUUGCCCUUAAAGCAUAGACACUGAUUUCCUGUCACUUUUGUGUUUUCCUCCCCAAAUGGUUAUGGUUAGGAUCUGGAGAAGCUAAGCGGAUCCAGAGGUGUACAAGGGUAACUUCUACCAGGAAGGAAAGCACUCACUUGGUUGGUUUGAAUGGAUAGUAGUCUUGCUGUAGUCUUGCAUUCAUUCCGCCUAUGGAGUGCAUAGUGGAGGGAGGCCGCAGUGUCUGUUGUGCCACAGGUAACCUAUUAAUCAAUCAAACACUUUGCCUUAUUGUAAUGUUAUGUAUCAUUAGACAUGAUGCAGAGGGCAUCCUAGGAAGGUGUUUCCAUACACCAAGAUAUCAUUUGUUUGUUCUCUGUUCUGUUUAAAUGUAACACCUGGUUAAUUUUGAAAUGAGCACCACUUUAUGAUCUUUUCAUAUCAUCUGAGGAAUGUUUAUACCAGAUGUCAUGUUUUUAUCUGUUGCAUAACUGUUUUUAUUGUAAAAUACCAGCUAUUAUGGCAGCCAUUUUGAAUGUUCACAAUAACUCACCUUCCUAGUUAAGUUUCAAACGGGCAGACCUGCUGGGAUGUUUUCAGAUCCCCUGAGGAAUUGUUGUACCAAAUGUCAUGCUUAUAUCUGCUUCAACAUGUUUGUUUUUUUAAGGUCCCAGACUAUUAGGGUAUUUCAAGUGUUAUACUCUUGACAUAAUUUUCUUACCAAACAUAGUCUGGUUUAUUUAAUCUUAUACACAUUCACAGCUAAAAGCUGAACGACAAGCGUAGCAAGGAAAAGCUGUAUUUAAGUGACAUGUUGAAACCCUUGAAAGGAAACCAUCUUCAGAGUCAUGGACCAUGUUCUUCAGGCUGGGCUCAAAACUGAAUGUUAAACAAAACUUUAUUGAGACCAAAUUAUUAAUCAGAGUCAAAACUACAAUCUGGGAUUUGUUUUUCAGCAAAACAUCCCCUCUCAAUUUCAUCAAAUAUAUAUUUUCCUGUUUUCAAACACUGUUGUGCAUGUGUGAAAUCAUAUUUUUGUAUUUAGCAAUACUCAAAUAUAUUGUUAUGCUGAUUAUGUUACAAGUGAUUACAAAACUAGAAUUAAGCAUCGACACAGCUGGACUGAAGCAUGGCUUAUGUUAUGGCUUAAAUUCAGAAUGAGAACGCUAAUACAAGAUGGUUGGAAUUCACACUGCUCAGACUCAGAUUAUUCAAAUCAUCACAAUGGAUAGCGCAUCUUUUUUGUUCUUGUUGCUAUAGUCCUUCACUUAAAGAGCAGUUCUGAAAAGUAUCUAACCCUUAAAAUGCCAGUUUGUUUGUCCACAAAAACUCUAAAUAAAUGCGUGUGUGUGUGUGUGCGUGCGCAGUAGAAUGGAAAAAGAACGAGCCGGAAAUACAUCCAUAAAAUUUCCUUUAUUUUUCUUCCCACAAAGAAAUGUCUACAAAAGCGAUAAAAUAUAGAAUUUAACAAAACUCACUUCA